CUAAAUAAAUAAGAACUUCAAGGUAUUUAUACAAUGUAUUCAUAUAGGAUAACUGGCUGUCUCAAGGCCAAUAAGUGACAUAUCGACAUAGACUAAUAGUCGUGUCUGUUGUGGAAGACCGUUUGUUGACAAUGUGAUGUUUUUUCACCAUGUGUUAAAUAUUUUUUAUUACCAUUUGAAUUCUGAGUCAUAGACGGUCUUUCGUCAUAUGGCCAAUAUUAAAAGCAUACAUUGUAUGAACGAAAAAAAGAUGAGUUUCCAUUGGAUUAAGGGUAGAUCGGUCCUCUCCAAUCCGGAUUUCCCUGUGGAUCGGUAAAACCCGUUUUGUUCAUACCGAAAGUUGAAACUUCAACAGUUAUUUUUUCAACACAAAUAAAGGAAAAGAGGAAGUCCGAGUUUUCUGUAAAUAAUGACUGCACUCAGUGGGGAUACCUUUGAAGGUUCAAUUGGACCACUUUCAAAGAAAGAAGAUUCAGACAGUGAUAUAGAUAUAGGUAGCCUCCUUGAGAUCGAUUCUACAAAGAAAAAAGGCUGGGAUGAAAAACAGAAGCUGAUUAAAAUUUGUCAAAAUGAGGCUGGAACUAUAUCGAGUGGAAAACGACCAUUGAAUAUUGCAAUCAUUGGUUCACAUGGAUGUGGAAAAUCAUCUUUUCUUAAUACUAUAUUUGCCAGCUUUAGUGACGGAAAAUGGAAAGAAAUGACCCAACAGGGUAGCUAUGGUGGAUUGGGAAAACAGAUUUCACAAUCAUUGAUCAGUUUUAAAAAAGAGAAAUACUACUCCAGGAAUGGAGAAAACAAGGAGGAUGAUGGAAUCUUAAUGCCAACAUUCAUUGAUCUGAAAGGUUUUGAAGACCAGAACGAUGAGUUUACCCAAGAGAUAUUGAAAAUUAUCUUCUAUGGAAAAAUGGGAGAAUUUGAAAAAUUAUCUGAUGUUUUAACACACUACCAAAACUUUGGCUUAAAUGGUUUAAAAGAGAAAUAUGGUCAGCGCGAAGAAUAUUUAGUGAUAGACAGAAUUAUAUUUGUGUGUUCAGGAGAUCCUACUUCUACUCUUCCGACACAGUUAAUGGCAUGUGUGAGUGAGAUUGCACAUGGCGUAAGAGGUAUUCCAAUAUUUGGUGUGAUGACAAAAUCUGACAAGUUUAAUGGAAGUAAGGAUCCAGAAGUGGAGAAGAGAGAGACAGAAUUCAGAAAACAUCUUGGAAUACCGAAAAAUCGCUUUGCUAGGAUAAAGAAUUAUUGUGAAGAUAUAGAUAAGGAUAUGGCUUAUAUGUUUUCAGUUGUACCACAGAUUGAUGUUCGUGUUCUUAAACUGAUGACACAGGUUUUCAGUAAUGCAUUAGAAGUAACAAACCCUAAAGCCCGUCUUGAUUAUCGCUCUCCAGAAACAGAUAUAUUACGUGAAUCUAAAGAAAUGGCAAAGUCGGUUCCACCACGAAUACAACCACCUGCUGCUAACCCAGUACCCCCAGGAGAUCAACAACAGGCAACAUCAGGAAUUGGCUUUCCAAGCUUAUUACUUCUGAUCACCAUCCAGGUGCUGUUUAUGGCCAUACUUCUGCAUUUUGGAAUGAAGCCAGUUAUAACAGAGGAAAAACUCAACACGAUCUGUGCAAAUUACGACUUUAUCAAGUCAAAAAAUGAUGCUACAAUUGAAGGCCUAAAUGAGUUAUGUGACCAUAAAGUGGACAUUUUGAAACCUCCAAUUUAUCUGCUGGGUGGGGGGAUAGUGCUGGUUAUUAUGGUUCUUCCAAUUGUGCUUUAUUCUUUCUUAGUUAAAAAAAGAAAUUAGUUGAAUAUUUACAAUACCUUCACAAUGACUGUCUUUCUGGGAUUUUUUUAAUAGCUUACAACAUGUAUAAGGAGUUGACAAUAGGGAAAUAAUCCAGACUGGAAUUUUUAAUUUUUCUACAGCUGUUGAAAAAAUGGCCAUUUGUUUUGAACUAAUAUGAAGAACAAUAAAAAAGCAUGUAUCAUCUAUUUAUAAAUGCACAUAGUAUACUGUAAAUUCAGAGAUUUGUGGGGGCAUUUAUUUUAGCGAUUGUUGAGCAAUGAACAAAAAUGUGAGCUUAAUUAUUGGAUUUACAGGAAACGCUGCAUACUUAUGAUAAUGCUAUCAAGAUUUAAAAUGCAAGUUUUUCAAUUUUUUGUGAAACCUAUCCAUUAGCAAUUUUCUCAAUUUUAAAAAGCAUCGCAAAAAUUGCUUAAUUUACAAUAGUUUAAGAAUUGUGUUUUUGGUGUUAAAAGAUAUUACAAAUAUAUGGCAAAAUAAAAUUCUGAUCUUUAAAAAGUUUCACUAAAAUAUUCUUGAACAUUUGUAAAACCUAGUAUUACGUUAAACGAAACAUAUUGAAGAGUGCAGAACUUCCAAAGAAGCAUUCAUCAUCACUAUAUUCCAUAUGUCUGAACGUAUGUCAUUCAAGCUGAAAUGUAUGUGAUGACCAUAAGACUACAAACAAAAAUGACAAAAUCUGUAGAAUAAACCAAAUAUGUACCAAGGAAUUUCAAGAGUUUGUGUGUCAAGGCAAGCUAUAUCGAUAUUUGGCAAGAACUCUUUUGCCAGCACCUUAUGCCAUAAUAUCCAUCUCAGAGAAUGGAGAUUGAUUCUCUCCUCUUUUGGACAUGAAAAAACUAUUGUAAACAUGUCUGUUUUCGAAAAUACUGCCCCCUAUGAUUUUAUCGUGUUUAUGUAUCUAGCUUUUGAUUUUGAUGAAUUGUUAAAAUGAUUUUCUGCAAUGCCUUAUUGAAUAUCAUAUAAUCUUUAUUUAUUGGAAUAAAGAUAUAGAUGUAUUUGAAAGAGUUCUUGAAAAUAAUUGUUAAACUCCUAUAAAUGCAUGAAUGAGAAGAACUCAAGUUAAAAAAAAAUUAAAAUUCCAAUUACUUAUGAUUUGCAAUUUGUUUCUAAAUUUCUUGGCAAUCACAUGAAACAAUUUUUAUUUUUGAAUUGAAUUGAAUGCUUCUUUUUAUAAUUUUAUUGGGUUGUAAAAGCAUUGAAAGGAGCACAUUUUGUUUGAAGCGCUUUACUAAACAUUUUACAUGAUCAAUGCUUUUAUUACCCCUUAAAAUGAAAUUAAAAAUUGAUUCUUAUAAUUUCUUUUAUAUUCUACAACAAUGAAAUAAGUAGUUAUAUCAAGUUUUUUGUUUGUUUUCCAAUGCACUGAUUUUGUUGUGGGUUUAGCACAUGCAUUUAUGAAUGUUGCAUUUUUCUUGAGAAAUAGAAUAUAAUUUGUAAUGCCUCAUGAUUGUUGUCAUCCAGUCAAAAGACCAAAUUCUUAUGAAACAUACAUGUAAUAUAAUUGUUAUGAAAUGAAAUGAUAUCUAUGUACUUCUUUGUUUUCUUAUUGAACUGAUGUGCUAAAUAUAUCCAGUAACCAUGUAUUGACUUCCUCCACCCCCAAUAAAAAAAAAAAAAAACACCAGGAAAUAACACAAUAGUGUUAGAAGCUGCAUUAAGGGCAUAUAUAUACGAUACAGUUACAGGGGAGGUAAUGAUGUUGCUAACGUAAAAUGUUGUUUUCGCGACGUCAAAUUGUGACAUAUCGGGAAAAGAUGCAUUUUUCGACUGAUUUUUAUCAUUCAAACUGAUUUAACUUGAAAACAAGUUCAUGGACCCCUCUUUUUUAAAAUGACAUUUUGUUUGAUUACGUAUGAAGAUUAUUUGUACCAAUUUUCAUGAAAAAGUCAACGAUGAAAUUUUUUAAAAUUAGAUAAAUAUACAGCAAAAAAUGCCGUUUUUUUUCAAAACUCCUGAAACUUUGACAACAAUUAAUUAUUUCCAAAGAAUUGUUGUACAAAUUUAGAGCAUACUUAUGCUAAGAAAAUUUUCCAAAUAUUUUAACAAAAAUCCGCUUGUGUUAAUCUUUUGAAACAAAAAAGUUAGGUAUGUCUAUCCAAAGGAUAGAAAUGUCCAAAAAAACUAAAUUUUGAGUAAAUAUUUAAAAUUUUACCCCAAUUAUCUCUUAAAGUGGCACAUGAAAUUAUGUUUUUUAUUACAUAUUUGAUUUGAAUAGGUGAAAAAAAGCUUGUAUGCAAAUUUUCGUCAAAAAUUCAUCGUGGGAUCAAACUGUAUCAUGUGCCCUUAAACACCAACCAAUCAAUCAAUGUAUUAGUGUUGAUGAACUAGACAUAACCAUAAGGUAAUAUGUACUUUAAAAAAAGGGUUGAGGUUAAAAUGUGAUAUUAAAUUUCUUAUUUUUUUAUUUAUAUUAUAUGUUUUAUACAAUUUUUAUACAUUUAAGGAUUCCAUUUAAAAAUUUAGCUCUUAUAGCCUAGAGUUAUCUCCCAGUACAGUGCAGUUAUCUAAUAUAAAUGCAGUGCAGUUAUCAAACUUCCGUUAGUUAAAGAAUAAUUCAGGGGUCACCACACCAGGCGAAGUGAGCGACAUAGUCGCCCUAGGACUCCCCACUUAGCUUUAGAGAAGCUCCAGGGAGAAGUUUAUGUUGCCCUCGAUUUUCAGAAAAAUUCCCCAAUGUCUGCGUGUGACUUAGAUAUUUCAGCUGACUGUACUGUUAAUCUGAUAGUCAUCCAUCCAUUCAUCAAUUUUGAAUUUUUCUUUUAUGUAAUUUAAUCAUUUUAGUUUGUGAUUUCUUGUUGUUUACUAAACAUAACAAAAUAAAGAUUGCUUAUCUUAUCUUAUAUAGUAAUGUCUGUUUAGGUUGUAAACAAGAUUUUUUUUUAAAUUAAGUUUUGUUUUAACUUUUGAGAAAAAAUCCACUGACAGUUGUAUGAUUUUUAUUUGAAUUCAAUAGUUAUCACUUACUAACUUGUGAAAAGUAGUUGUUUGGAGUCUUCUAAUCAUUGUUUUUUAAAGUAAUGAAAAUGUCAUAACAUGUUUACCAAAUUUUAUAAAAUAUCGCUUAUUGUUUGUAAAUUCUGUAAAGUAAAUUGGUUUUUGUGCAAAUCCCUAUAAAAUUCGAUAAUUUCCCAAUAUCGUUAAUAUCCCUAGAAUGCAAAUUACAAAAUAAAUAUUCAUCUCAAUUACAUGCAUCUGAUAUCAUAGAUUAUCUAUGGUUUCAAAAAAGAGAUGGUCAAGGGUUGGGCGCAGGACAUUUUAGCGAAAAAUUUUAAACUAGUAGGGGACAUUUUAGCGCAGACAGUAGAGCCCAUUUUAGCGCAGGAUUAAUCCGUUCACCUGUAUUUUCGAUAGCCCAUUUUAGCGAUAACUCACCUGGUUGAAUAAUACUCACCUUACUAAAACCAUGAACAGUAAUUUAUGCUGGCUUAAUGUUUAAGUUGUUUAUAUGUUUACUUUGAUUUUGCCAUUUGCUUUGAGACUUUCCGUUUAGAAUUUUCCUCGGAGUUCGGUAUUUUUGUUAUUUUACUUUUUCUCUAGUAUAUAAAUUCCAGGCUAGAACGGACUUUUAACAUUUGAUUUAACCUUUUAGACUUUUAGUGUUGUAUUUUUAAUGGACGUGACAUUUUUUAUAUUGUGCUGUCUUGAUUCUAUUAAAAAAAAAAAAAUAUUUAUUAUUUAUUAUAAAAUGGGUUAAAAAUUUUGCGCUAAAAUGGGCUAUACUUUGGCGCUAAAACGUCCGAUUUUUUUCGCUAAAAUGUCGAAUCAAUGUGCUAAAAUGUCCUCCGCCGCAAGGGUUGUCUGCUACAAACUUAUGUAGGUGAAAUAUUUCGUUGAGUUGGUAGACCAUACAUAAUCUGUGUUUACUGCUUUUUUCAAAGGCUGCUAACGUCAACGAUGUCACUUUAUAAAGUCAUCAUAUUCACUCUUUUAAACUUAGUUGAGUAUGUAGCAUAAGAAAGAAAAUUAUCACACAAAUAGAUAAAAGCAAAAUUCAAGAAAAUAUAGCAAUAAAUAUUUUUACUCAAUGACCAUAGGAAAUUACAUGAAAUAUUGUAGUUAAACAAGUAUUUUUAUAUACUUUGAUACGUGUGUACAAAUGUGCAAAUAAUUAUUCAUUCAAUUAAGUAAUUUUUCAGAGAUGGUAUGAUCCCAUUUAAAUAUAUUGAUACAACUGAAGAAGAAAUCCCACCAUUUUUUUUUGCAAUUAAACUUCAAAUGGAGUAAAAUAUUAACUUUUAUUGUUUUUUUGGACGUUUUCUGUGUUGUAAAUGAAUUAAAUGCUUUUAAAAACUUUAAUUGUUAAAUAUUAUGAUAUUAAUUAACUUAUGUUAUUAAUUAAGAGAUAAUAUAUGUUUUGUGCCUUAAUAAGGAAACUGUUGUUUUUUAUGUUUGUUGAUAAUCAAAAUGGAACUCAGAAUGUAUAAAAGUCAUUAUUUGGCUCCAGAAAUUCAAAAAUUUGUUAAAUUCUGCAAAAUUAUGAUGGUUUUAUCGCUUAUUGAACAAGAUGAUAUAAUCUGUACACUAAUGUGCAGAAUUGACACUAUAAUUUUAUACACAUGUCAAAAUACUCAGUUAUAGUCAAAAACAUGAACCAAAGCCUUACCAAUAAACAGCUGCGCCAUGAGCCCAUGAUACGCCCGUCACGUUUUCAACGAAUAAUGUUCAAUAACUUCUCAAUGUCAUAUCAGAAAUUUAUAAAAAAAAACUAAAGGGAUGCUAUCUUAAUAGAUAUAAAUCAGUCACCAAAGUUUAAUGAAAACUGCUCAAAGCACUUUAGGGAUAUUGUCUGAAAACUUGAAAAUCACCCCUUUUUUAUGAAUAAAAUCCCAUAAGCCGGAAACGUAAAAUAUAAAAUUUAUAAAAAUCAAAUGGGAGCUUACAACAAUAGAUAUAAACAAUUUACCAACGUUUCAUGAAAACUGCUGAAAGCAUUUUUAAGUUAUUGUCUGAAAACUGGAAAAUCCCCCUUUUUUUAAUGAAUAAAACACCAUAACUAGUAAACGAAAAAUCUGAAAUUCAUAAGAUUCGAAAGGGCGCUCGUCAAUAGAUAUAAACAAUUCACUGAAAUUUCAGGAAAACUGCUCAAAGCAUUUUUGAGUUAUUGUCCAAAAACUGGAAAAACCCCCUUUUUGUAAUGAAUAAAACCCCAUAACUCGUAAACGUAAAAUCUAAAAUUUAUAAAAAUCGAAAGGGAGCUCAUGUCAAUAUAUAUAAACAAUUAACCAAAGUUUCUUGCAAAUUGGUGAAAGUGUUUUUGAGUUAUUGUCCGAAAAAUGGAAAAUCCCCCUUUUUGUAAUGAAUAAAAUCCCAAAACUUGGAAACGUAAAAUCUAAAAUUUAUAAAAAACGAAAGGGAGCUCACGUCAAUAGAUAUAAACAAUUCAACAAAGUUUCAUGCAAAUUAUUUGAAGCGUUUUUGAGUUAAUGUCCGACAUGUUGAAGACGAACGGACAACGGUAUACCAUAAUACGUCCCGUAAACGGGCGUAUAAAAAGAUAAAUGUCAUUUUGGUCAGAUAUUUUAGUUUAGUUAUUGGAGUAAAAGUAACAUAAGUCCUGUUGGUGUUUUUUUUUCUUCAGUCCUCUUAUUUGGGAGGAUAUUGGAGGUACAUGAAAGUAUCUGAAAUUCCUGAUCAGUGCAAUAAUGAAUUAUGACGGCCUUCGUGUGUGCAAAAUUUCCUUCAAGGCAUUAAAAAUCCAUAUUUUUGUGUGGAUAAUUUCAUAUUUAAUAUAAUAUUUUGAUAUACAUUGAUUUCUCUGUAAAAUCUUAAUUGAACGCUUAUAAUUCCCUCUCAUGGAUCCUAGCGUGUGACAUAAGUUUUUAAAAUCAGCCUAAAUAUGCAUGAAAUAUUUCAGUCAACAUUUAAGUUGAAUAAAAAAUAUUGGUAAAACUAUGGAAUGCCAUGGAAAGAGUUCAUCCAUAAACGAUGCUUUAUGUAAUCAAAAAGUUGUUAACUAUUUUGUGUCUUUGAAAAAGUAAGCAUUGUAUUGAUAAACAAUUGUUAUAUAGUUAAGUUUAAUUUAUUAAUAUUAUAUCUAUAUUUAAUGUGUGACAAUUCUUUCCUGUUGAGAUGUUUUGUAUAAUGUUAUGCACUGUUUUUAUUUCUUUAUUCUAACAGCAUUAACUUAAAAAAUUUUAUUUGUU